AUGACAGAAAACUACAAUAACGUCACCGCAUGGAAUGGCUAUGAAUACAUCGACUAUGACUAUCACAGAAAAUUAUAUUUCAUAAUGCAUGUGGUAACAUGGGUCAUCAUUAGUAUCGGCCUUCCUCUGACGCUCAUGGUCAUCUAUGCUCUUUGCUUUCUGGUAAGAAAGGAUCAUGUGGCUCCAAUCUACGUCAUCAACCUUCUCAUUACUGACGUCAUUCAGUUCUGCUGCCUGCUCAUUCAGGAGAUAAAACAGAAUGAUGACAUCGUACGUUAUAUUUACCGCAGUAGCCUAGUGACCAGUAUUUGCUUCAUGGUGUGUGUCUCACUGGAAAGAUAUUUGGUCAUCGCCCACCCACUGUGGUACCGCUUCAAACGAACCAUCAAGAUCUCUGUCAUGCUGCUGUUCCUGCCCUGGAUCAUUUACCUUCUUCUCAAGUACAUGAACAUAUUAGACCGAACUGUGUUUGGCUUAUCUGUUAUGUUUAUUAAGCUGAGUCCUCUUGCAGACUUAAUUUUGUACGUUUUCUUGAGAAAAGAGUCCAUUGGCAAGCUGUGUACCACUGUGAACUGGUGCAGAGUUGCCAACGCUGACACCAACAUAUAGACAGUAUGAAUGUGGACAACAUUUUUAAAAUUGAGCUCCAUGGAGGAAGAGACGAUGAGGAGAAAACAGACCAACAUGUUCUGU